CUACUCCACCAAUUUGUUGAAGAUGAUAUCAUGUUUGGACAUAUUUGAUGAUGGCAACUGCAUAGCUCAGUUUGGAAGUGACCGUUACUUUGUGAUGAAUCAUUUUCAGAAGAAACGUUUUCCCUCACUGUCCUUUCUAGAUUCCAGCAUAUCCUCUAGUAUGUCUUGGGCAUUGGAGGAGGCUGGUUAUGGUUCGGAGCUAAAGUUGUUGAGUCAGGAGUUGUUGGAAUCGGCGAGAAAGCCCGAGUUCUUUGAAUGGAUGAGAGGGUUAAGGAGAAGAAUCCAUGAGUACCCAGAGCUGGGAUUUGAGGAACACAGGACAAGUGAGCUCAUCAGAACUGAGCUUGACAAGAUGGGAGUGGAAUACAAGUGGCCUGUUGCCAAGACUGGAGUGGUGGCUUCUAUUGGGUCUGGGGGUAAACCAGUUUUUGCUCUUAGAGCUGACAUGGAUGCUCUCCCCUUGCAGGAAUUAGUAGACUGGGACCACAAGAGCAAGAUCAAAGACAAGAUGCAUGCCUGUGGUCAUGAUUCCCAUGUAGCAAUGCUACUUGGAGCAGCCAAGUUACUCCAGAGCAAAAGAGAUGAAUUGAAGGGAACUGUGAAACUAGUUUUCCAGCCUGGAGAAGAGAGUUAUGCCAGUGCUUACCAUAUGUUGCAAGAUACUGCUCUAAAUGACAUCUAUGCCAUCUUGAGUAUACAUGUUUUACCAUCAUUUUCCACUGGUGUCAUUGCCUCCAGUCCUGGACCAAUUCUUGCUGGUGCUGGGCUCUUCUCAGUCACAAUUCAAGGGAAAGGUGGACACGCAGCUGCCCCUCAUGAGACUAAAGACCCGAUUCUCGCAGCAGCCUUCUCAAUCCUUGCCCUCCAACAGAUUGUAUCUCGAGAAACCGAUCCUCUACAGUCCAGGGUGGUUUCUGUUGGAUUCAUAAAUGGAGGUCAAAGACACGAUGUAAUACCAGAGACAGUGAAGUUUGGAGGAACUUUCAGGAGCUUGACCACUGAAGGUCUCGCCUACAUUAAGGAAAGGAUCAAAGAGGUUAUAGAAACACAAGCAGAUGUGCAUAGAUGCAGUGCCAUGGUGGACUUCAUGGAGGAUAGCAGACACAUGCCUCAUCCAGUGAUGGUAAAUGAUGAAGCACUGUAUGAACAUGUGAAGAAGGUUGGUGAGAGCCUACUUGGGAAACCCAAUGUUCAGCUUCUCCCAGUGACCAUGGGAGCAGAGGAUUUCAGCUUUUUCACACAAAAAGCAGCUGCUGCAAUUUUUGUGAUUGGGAUACAAAAUGAGACUCAGAAGUCAAAUCAGCCAUUGCACUCCCCUUACUUUUUUAUUGAUGAAGAGGCUCUUCCAAUAGGUGCAGCACUUAAUGCUGCUGUGGCAACCUCAUACUUAAAAAACCAUGUUGUUGAGACUUCCAAGAAACAUGGGUUUGUUUCUACUUCUCCAAAUGAAGAACUCUAGGACACAUCAAUGUACGAAGGCAAACAUGCAUGAUAAUGAUAAUAUAAUAAUAAUAGUAAUAAAUGUGUGGUUAUCAUUA